UUUUAGGUCCAACGUACGGGAAACCUUGGUACCACUUCUCUCUUUCUAGACGUGUCUCUCCAAUUACUCAAAUUCAACAUUCCUAAACCCUAAACCCUAAUUUUAGAAGCAAAUCCGAACGGCCAUGGCACAUCACGCCGGAGACAACGACGGCGACGGCCAGAAACGGAGGCUAUAUAACCCAUACCAAGAUCUCCAAGUCCCUAUACAAAACCUUUACAAACUCCCCACUUCCCCUGAAUUCCUCUUCCAAGAAGAAUCUCUCGCACAACGCCGAUCAUGGGGAGAAAACCUAACGUACUUCACCGGCAUCGGUUACCUCUCCGGUUCUGUCCUCGGCGCCGGUAAGGGAUUCAUCGAAGGCGUAAAAGCUUCCGAGCCAGGGGAUACCUUAAAGCUCCGGGUUAACAGGAUCUUAAACGGGUCGGGUCAUACGGGAAGGAAAUUCGGGAACCGUGUCGGAAUAAUUGGGCUGAUUUAUGCGGGUAUGGAGAGCGGGAUGGUGGCGAUUAGGGAUACGGAUGAUGUGAUCAAUAGCGUGGUGGCGGGUUUAGGGACUGGAGCUUUUUAUAGGGCAGCGGCGGGGCUGAGGUCGGCGGCUGUUGCUGGGGUUAUUGGUGGUGCUGUUGUUGGGCUCAGUGUUGCAGCAAAACAGGCCGUGAAACGAUACGUACCCAUCUGAGCUUUUCGACUGGUUUAUAUUUUUGGGCCCUAAUGUUGGUAGCUUUCAAUUGUUACUGCAAUUUUAGAUGAUACAUUGAGUAAUUGUUUUCAAGCUGAGCAGUAAUGUAAUUAUUUCAUGAAAAGUUGCAUGCUUUCUAGAUGUAUUUACAUGUUUUUUGAAUAGAUAUUCUGAAAUUAGGUAUAAAAGACACUUGUAUUAUAUGAUUAGUUAGCUACUGCAUGCCAUCAAAACUGCACCUUGAAAAGCAAUAAUUUUUUUUAAUGACUGUGGUGGUUGGACCAGCCUGCACACACUAUUUCAUUAGGGGCAACUCUAUGCUCAAAGACUUAGGCAUGUGGGAAGAAAUCAUGUAUUAAUGUUUUUCACCUCUAUUGGGAUUUAAACCUGAUACCUCAUUGUUCUCCUUUCACUUUAUUGACUACUAGGGCCUCACUUUGGGUGCUAUAAUUAUUUCAUGAAUGUUGUAUGCUUUUUAGAUGCGUUUUCAUAUUUCUUGAACAUAUACUCUGAAAUUAGGUUUAAAAGAGACUUGGUAUGAAUAAAUUUACAAACAGAGACUUGCUAGUGAAUAUAGCUCCUUCAAAUGGUUGUUCCCUUACUUUUGUGUUCUCCGUCAAUUGUCUUUUGUUAUUACGACAACAACAAUAAACCCGGUAGACAGAUUUGUGCAAAAUUUCAAGAAUGCAUCUUUAGCAAUUGCACAAAAUUUCAAGGAUGCACCUGUGUAAUGGUUUUCCGCUCCUAGUUUUGUACCAAUUGUUAGUUACUGAAAAAGCUGUUCAGUAGAUAGCAUUUGGACAGCUAAAUUUAAGGUGCACUUUUAGAUGGCAUGCAGUAGCUAAUUAUUUUUGCUGUAGUCAUUUUUGGGUUCUUGAGAUGUAAUAGUUGCCAUUUAUUCUUUGACGGUCAAAUCAAGAUUAUGAUCUAUGAACCCAUCUAAAAUAGUUGCUUUGACUUGCAACUGUGUUAGUUC